UCUUAUUGUCUGCUUCUCGUCUGCUUUUUGUCGUCCGCUUGUCUUCUGCCUCUGCCCCAUUCCUUUCUGCUCGUCUCCUUGGCUGCUCGCGAUGUUGAUUCACGUGACCUACCCCGGAUGUCCCAAAGCGGACUAGCGCAAAUACCCCUAACUUCUUUUUUUUCAACCUCAACUCUCGACUUUGCGAGCUUCAACCUCGACUUCAUCUCCAGCUUCAGCACUUUCGCAUCGCCAAACGAAGAGCGAGCCCUCUGGCGUUGUCUUGCUAGGUUCUCGCCGUUGAGUCGACACUUUUCGGUGGCCCUUUUCUCGCCAAGCUCCUUUGUUUGGUGUCCUGCGCGCAGCCGUCACGUCCGAACCCACCCGUCCGCGUCUCAGCAGCUUCGAUCCAUACUUGGGCAAACAAGCUAGAAGUUUCGUUUUCUGGCCCUUCGCCUUUUAUUCACUUGCGUUUUCAGACACAGUCGUCAAUUAUCCUUUGUUUUCCUGCUCGCUGAGUGGUGACGUUCUCGUUAAACCCGUCUGCUCAACUCCAAAUCACCACGCCUCCUAAUCUCUCCCACAAACACCACUGUCCUUCUUUCAGAGCUUCUGGGCUCGGGAAAAAAAUUACAUAUCAACCUUACUCUCGCAUCCUUAUCCACCACUCAACCGCUCGAAUCUUACACAAAUCAACACGUCCUGCACCCUCACAUUAUCUAUCUACACCAAUUCCGCUCUCAACAACACCACACCUCCCAUCACCUUUCUCUCAGUCCGACCACUGCACCAGCAAGUUUUCCUUGGGAACUCCUGGUGUACAUAAGAAAAGACCGAUUUGACAAGAGCAAGGAAAAGAAAGAAAAAAUCUAAAGAAAAUUUCAGCUUCACUCCGGCUUCUACCCUGUUUUUAUUCUCAGUCUUCCUCUGCUCUCAAACGUAGGUGAUCGAUUACCGCAAAAAACGACAGAAAAGGAGCAAAAAAGGUUGCAAUAAACCACUAAAUACCUAUACACGCGCUUUUCAGCCAUGUCUGCUUCGCCAACUUCAGCCGGUCCGUCGACUAAACGACCCCUCGAGGACCCAUCUUCACCUUCCGGGCCCAAUGACCAGCCGGAGGCCAAGCGUCAAGCUUUGGAUAAGGUCGUAAAGGCUGAGGGCGAUGAAUCGAAAGCCCAAGAAGGUGAUAAGCCCACCAACGAAAAGAGUGUGAACGGCACCGAAAAUGGUGCUGGUGGUGAAAAUGGCGUCAAGGAUGGUCAAGGUGAUUUGCUAGUCCCUGAUGCCCCUAACAAUGGCAAAACCGCUCCUGCUCCUGCCUUGGAGACGCAGCCAAUUCAAUCCACAGCUUCUCACAACGACCGUGCUACGUCCAACCCUCCAACUACCAGCCAACCUGCUCAGGACGAAACUGGCUGGGUACACAUCAGAGCCGUCAUUUCCAGCGCUGAGGCUGCUACUGUUAUUGGCAAAGGUGGAGAAAACGUCUCUCAGAUUAGACGUCUGUCUGGCGCCAAAUGUACCGUUAGCGACUACUCUCGCGGAGCAGUGGAGAGAAUCCUGACCGUUAGUGGCAUGCAAGAUGCAGUCGCAAAGGCUUUUGGUUUGAUUAUUCGUACCCUAAACAAUGAGCCACUUGAAGCACCCUCAACUGCCCAGUCCAAGACCUACCCUCUCCGUCUUCUCAUCCCUCAUAUUCUCAUCGGCUCUAUCAUUGGCAAAUCGGGUGUUCGCAUCCGUGAGAUCCAAGAGGCAUCUGGUGCUCGUCUCAAUGCUUCGGACUCUUGCCUCCCCCUCUCUACUGAGCGAUCACUUGUUAUUCUUGGUGUUGCUGACGCCGUGCACAUUGCAACCUACUACGUUGCUGUCACAUUGGUUGAGCAGUUGACUGAGAGAUUUGGCGGCCCUGCUGCAUCUGCUUAUGCCACCCGAAGUGGUGGCCCUGCUGGUGUCGUCCCCGGUGGUAUGCAGGUCGUGCCAUACGUUCCCCAGCCAGCUGGAGGACAAUACGGACAUCCCGACAGCCUGCGCCGGAACAAUCCUCAAGCCAACCGUGCUGCCCCUGGAGGAUAUGGUGUUCCAUAUAUGCAGCAGCCUGCUCCUCACCCCCAUGCUCCACAGCCGAGUCUUCACUACGGUGCCUCCCCACGGACGGGAUAUACCGGAGCUGGACCUCAUCAACCAGCUCCAUAUGGCGCUCCUCAGCCUCCGCAUGGUGGCCACGUCCCUCCAAAUGGCCCACCAAUGGGUGCAGCCGUUCCUGGUCAACCACUGACCCAGCAAAUUUACAUACCCAACGACAUGGUAGGCGCAAUCAUUGGGAAGGGAGGAGCAAAGAUCAACGAGAUUCGACACCUCAGUGGUAGCGUUAUCAAGAUCAACGAGCCCCAAGAUAACAGCAAUGAGCGAUUGGUCACUAUAACUGGUACUCAGGAGUGCAACCAAAUGGCGUUGUACAUGCUCUAUUCACGACUUGGUUAGUUGACUUCUCACAUUUAAUACCCGAACAAUAUGCUAACCACUUCACCUUAUAGAGAGUGAAAAACACCGAGUCUAAUUUGGUAUGAAACUACGUGAUCCCUUUUUUGUUUUGCAACCAUAGUAUUUCGGGCGCUUAAUGUCCUCUGGCCAAGUCCUUGAUUUCCUUUAAACAAAAAACAUACUUCCUCAAUCCUCAGUCUUAUUCUUUUUCUUUUCUUUUUUUUUU